AUGCAAACUGGUUCAUGCACAUCAUCACCCUCAACCAUCCCGAUUGGCCUUGAAAGUUCAACAACAUUACCAAAUAGACCAAUAGCACGCAGGUUGGUUGAACAGAAGAUACCAUCAUCUGGUCAAUUAAUGGCAGACGGUACCAUUUUGAUUGAUAUUCGAUGGAACAACUGGACACAUACAGCGUCUCCUAGUCCAACACAAAUUAAAGAGCUCUUCCGGCAACAUCCUGGAAAUUUAAUACAUAUCAACCUCCUGGAGCAGACGGAUAUGAUCAUGUCACCUGAAGAUUGGAGAUGCGAGCUCAGGAGCUAUUUUAAUAUAUUCCUGGAAGAGCUACCGCGGUGGAGGUCUGUUAAAUUUUGGGCUCCUUACCUGCCGCGGGAAUGUUUCAUCGGACGAAUGUACCUGAAAGCCAACUCGCUGGAACACGUCGUUCUUGUGGGUCCUCCAUCUUUUGAUCUACCUGCUGCAAGCCACAUGAUCUCGCGCUGCUGGAUGAAUUCGUCGUCGCUGACAGCAUUUGAACUGUUGACAAAGAGUCGAGAGUCUGCAGGCUCGAUGAUUAUCAACCCUCGACACUACCUUCCUCUGGACAAUAUCGUGGCACUGCAGCUUCGCAACAAGCUCAGCAUUUUUGAGUGCAUAGAGAUUCUGCACCGCGGUCGCAAUCUAUCUGAAUGUCUUUUUGGGAACGUCACUGCGUCCACAGGUGUUUUGAUCCCAAUCCGGUGUCAUCUACUAGAAAAGCUGGAGCUGAUGGUGAACGUCGACGAUUACAAAUCGUCAAAGGAAGUGUUAUUUGGGUCCUUAUUUGAGGCUAUCAGGGCACCAAAGCUUCGUCAUUUGAAGAUGUCAAACCACAGCAACUGGGACAGCGAUCACUAUUCAUUUAUGACUUUUCUCAAGCGUUCAAAAUGCACCCUAGAAGCACUAGAACUGGAAAAUGUCAAAAUCAACGGGCCACAGUUACAUGACAUACUCGCAAUGUCCCCAUCUCUUCGAAUUCUAAAAGUCCACGGGGAUCCAUCGCAGAAUCCUCAACCUUUCACGCACAGAAUCAUGUGGUACCUCACGCGGUCCCCGCGAAACGCCUACCUCCUUUGUCCGCGUCUGGAGAUGUUUUCUGUCAACGAAACAGUAGUGAAAGACCUUCCGGAUGGGACAAUAUCGAAGAUGUUAUUUGAUCGCAUCCUUGUCGGUGAUAUGAAAAUGGUCUGGCUCAAAUUCAGACGAUCAGUCGCUCUUCACCGGUCAGCGGAUGCAGCAACUUUGACAACUGAAGACAGCCAGAAGAUGUGGAAGGUUGUGAUUGAUGAUUCUACCACAAGCGCCCGAGAGUGGGCGCAAAUGGUACAUACUGUUUUCCACCGAGUUUCCUUAUAA